ACAGACCACAGUCCUCGCCCUCAGUAUAGUAUCUUUGAAUGGAACAGUCUGUGGAGUCAGACUGACCAACGGCUGCUUCCAUUUAAAAAAAUAAUAACCAGGAGGAAAACGCUGCAGCUCUUUAUUUGACAGCUGACUCCUUCAUUUGACUUUAUUGAAAAGCAAAACAAAAAAACGUUUCCGGUAAAACCGCAUCUUGACACAGUUGAACCCUGUGUGCAUUUUUUGGGGGGGGUUUUAACGUCAGCGGUAAAAAUCGGUUUAAAUGUUGUAGUUAUUUCCCUGCUCGGUCUCAUUCAGCGACUCUCCAGUUGCUGAAAACACUCCGGACAGAAACACGGCUUCUGCACUCAGGUGACAGGAGGAGGACACACACAAAAAACCUCGAAAAACUCACAGGACAUGGAGUCGACCAAAGCUGGGGGCGUAAUAGCCUACAUUAGCUCGGCCAGCUCUUCCUCCAGCCCGGAGUCCUUCCACAGCGACUCCUCCAACGGCAGCUACCAGUCAUCCUCUCCGCCUCACGGCUCCUCAUCCGGCCGCCGUCAGCUGGCUCAGCCCUCUGACCCCGCACUCAUGGCCAGUGGUCAAAACCUUCCAGGGACCCAGAAAAGCGGACGCCAAUCUUCCUCUGCUAAAUGUGGAAUCACAAAAAUCAAUGGCCUGGUGCUGCUGUGUAAAGUCUGUGGAGACGUGGCUUCUGGUUUCCACUACGGCGUCCACGCCUGCGAGGGCUGCAAGGGCUUCUUCAGGAGGAGCAUCCAACAGAACAUCCAGUAUAAGAAGUGCCUUAAGAACGAGAGCUGCCCCAUCAUGAGGAUCAACAGGAACCGCUGCCAGCAGUGCCGCUUCAAGAAAUGCCUGAUGGUGGGGAUGUCCAGAGACUCUGUGCGUUUCGGACGAAUCCCCAAGCGUGAGAAACAGCGCAUGCUUCUGGAGAUGCAGAGCGCCAUGAACAACAUGAUGAACAACAGCCAGCUGCACAACCAGCUGCAAAGCACCCAGAUGCUGCCCAUCGCCAAGCCGCUGCCUGUCAGUGCCACAGAAGCUACCUCCGAGGAAGCUGGCUCCGCCUCCUCCUCCUCGCCAAGCCCGUCAGACUCCAGCUCGGACCCCGAGCCCACCGUGGCGAUGGACACCAGCCCCAGCUCGGCCUCGCCAAGCGCGUCCGACAGUGGGGAGGAGGAGGUGAUCGGCUCGGUGACCAGGGCCCACCAGGAGACCUUCAUGUACAACCAGGAGCAGAGCAGCCUGACUGCUGAGGCCCCGCCCACCGCAGGCCCUGUGGACAACGGUGCCGAUCCAAACGCGGCCAAGCGCUGGAAGGAAGAGCAGCAGGACUCGUGGAACCACCACAACAACGUGGCCACCACCACCAUGGUGGCACAGGACCCCACCCCCUCCUCCUCCUCCUCCUCCAGCCUGGGCCCACAGGGUCCACAGGACAACAGCGCCACCCACUGUCCUUUCAGACUGUCGCGCACCACUGCCAGCCACUGUCCGGCCUACACGCAUGGAGCUUUCAGGGUGUCCACUGCGGAGGACGUCGCCACCACAGCCCACGGUGGGCACCAGUGGAGGGAAGGCAGGAGGAUGCAUCUGGUUUGUCCGAUGAACACGUCUCCCAGCGUGGACCCGCAGAAAUCGGGCCACGAGGUGUGGGAGGAGUUUUCCCACAGCUUCACCCCGGCUGUCAGGGAGGUGGUGGAGUUCGCCAAGAAGAUCCCGGGCUUCAGAGACCUGUCGCAGCACGACCAGGUCAGCCUGCUGAAGGCUGGAACCUUCGAGGUGCUCGUGGUGCGUUUUGCUUCACUCUUUGACGUGACUGACCGCACCGUCACCUUUCUGGGUGGGAACAAGUACAGCGUGGACACUCUGAGGUCCAUGGGCGCCAGCGACCUCCUUAACUCCAUGUUUGACUUCAGUGAGAAGCUCAUUAACCUGGGACUGAGCGAGGAGGAGAUGAGCCUGUUCACUGCUGUGGUGCUUGUCUCUGCAGAUCGCUCUGGCAUCGAGAACGUGAACUCGGUGGAGGCCCUGCAGGAGACUCUGAUCCGCGCGCUGCGCAGCCUCAUCACCAGGAACCACCCGAACGAGUCGGCCAUCUUCACCAAGCUGCUGCUCAAGCUGCCCGACCUGCGCUCGCUCAACAACAUGCACUCGGAGCAGCUGCUGGCCUUCAAGGUCCAUUCCUGAAGCCUCCUCCAGUACUUGACCCUCCUCGCCUCUGCGACACCAGCGCGACUGAACGCCGAGGCUGGAGACCCACAGCCACACUUCCCACCCAAACCUCAGAAAAAAAAAAACACACAAAAAAAACAAACAAACUCCACCUCCUUCCACUUACUCAUCAAACUCUGAAACUCAAAACGUGACAUUUGAAGGAAGGAGGUCGACCAUGAAAUGUUAUUGUACUGUAAUGUAGGGCCUAACAGCCUGUGUGUGUGUGUGUGUGUGUGAGAGACGGUCACGCUUGCGUACAGACACACUGAUCGAUGUACAUGUUUCCUGUGUUUGUGUGUAGCAUAACUGUGCGUUUGCGACCGUACAAACGUUAGAAGCACUUUUCUGUAUAGCGUAGACUGGUAUUUUUUUUCCUUUUUGCAUUCAUAGUGCAAUAUGUGACUGCUUUCUGUUGAUUUGAGCUGUGCAGCGACGAGUCGACGAGCUCGUGGACAUUCUCUCGGAUUUGGAAUGAAAAAAGUGCUGCGCUCGUGUCACAACCGAGAAGUUGUAAACCUAAAAAAAAACAAAACAACAAAAAAACUGAAUAAGUGACGACGUGGAAACGACAAUGUGGAAGAAUGUGGUUUGAUUUAAAAUGAUUUAAAAAAAAAAACGUCUUAUUUAGAGGCUUUUUCAUGCAAUUGUGUUCUGUGUUUCUCUCAGUCGUGGGAUAUAUAUAUUUUUUUCUAAAUUAUUUGGGCAUUGUGACAAAUCAAAUGUAUCCCGUAUUGUUUUGACACACGGGUGGAAGUGGAAGUGUUGAGACACUGAACAGCUGAAGAGACAUUUCCACCUCAUUUACUCACAUUUAUGUGUUUCUUUUCUCUUUAAAAAAAACAAACAAAGUCUGACACCAGUGUCUGCUGUCUACUGCUGACUUGGUCAUGCUGUUUCCUUAUCGGCCACCUGAUGGCGCUGUUGGGCACUGACCAGCAGGAAAAGAAACUGUCUCGCUUUCACCAGCAGCUUGAAUGAACUUCAUUUGUUUUCUCUAAUUUCUUUCCAUUGAAUAGAACUGUACAUAUUUAAGCUUAGUUGAACUGAAUAGAUAAACUCUUGACUGUAAUAUCACACACGUGAUUGUGACUUAAAUAAGCUGAGUGGACGUGACACAUGACACACGUGUGUGUGUGUGUGAGUGUGUGUGUGAGUCGCUGGUGUUUUUGAUGCCAUCGCUUCCUUUCAGAACGUCCAUCUGUGUGCUGACGUGGCUAAAAACGUGGCUCUGUUCUCCGUGAAAAGGACUGCAGUUCGCAUAGAUUUCAGUAUAAAUAUGAAUAUAUAUAUAUAUAUACAUAAACACACACACAUGCUAUCAUACAUACAUUACUGUAUAGAUGACUAUAUCUAUAUAAAUAAAUUUUCUAAACGCAGA